GAUGAAUUUAAGCUUAGACUUAUGAUAUGGUAAUUUAGGACAGUUGAGAAUUUCAGAGGGAGAUAUGAAAAAAAUGAUGUAGGAAAAUUGGAAUCCUUCAUUAAGGAGUUUUAAUCUGUAUUUUUUGAGGCAUAUCCAUGCUACACCAAGAUACGAUGAUAUUUUCAUAGAUGCAUUGACAAGAUAAGUAUCUCCUCAUUAUAAAAAACUAUAUAGGAUAUUUACCAAUGAUGCGGCUGCCAAAUAAAGGGCACAACUUUAGACACCUAUAGGUUACAAGAACUAUUGGAAAGCCUGGACAUUUAACUUAAAGAGAUAAGAGAAAUCAUAAAAAAUUGGAACUGGGAUCUGA